CGGCUCUUGCGCCCUGAUGAGGAUGCUGAUGCACUCCCUGAUGUGGCUGGGAGUGGGGAUGGUGCCGGCUCCCUGGGUAACGGCCAAUCGGUUCUUGAUGUCGUGUCUGGGUCUUCCGCCGGGAGUUCGGAUGGUGCCGGCUCCUCGGUUGCUGGUCAUUUGAUCCUUCCUGUGGGUACCUCUACUGUUCCCCCGGUUGUGAUUCCGGAUGGUGCCGGCUCACCUGCAGCUCGCCAAUCAAUCCUGGCGAGAGUGCGGAUGGUGCCCGCUCGCACAUAGAUUCUCGUGAUAAUCAGUUGGAUGAACCGAACAGUUAG